GACACACCAAUCAUCCAGUACCUAGUCAACCUCCGACUUCAACUAUUCAGUUUACCCCAUCAAAAGCUCGAAUCCAAGUCAUCACGCCAAAUUUUUCGCAAUGCAACUAUCUCUUUACAUCAUUGCCACCCUCGCCGCCGCCUCGGCAGCCUUCAGAGUCCCCGAGGGCGCGACUGACGGCGUCUAUGCCGCCUACUACGAUGAGUCAGGCAAUGAGGUCCACGUCAAAGAUCCCAAUCCCAUCAUUGUCGCCGUCCUCGUCUCGGCCGCCCCUGAGGCGCGAGCAGUGAAGAAGCCUGGCGUCUCCCGGGCCCGCCGUGCCUCGGCCCCGAGCGAGCUCUUCGCACGUGCGGCCACAGUUUGGUGCGGCUGCGGCUUUCACUUGAACAACAUCGACUGUGAUGGCGCGGUCCAGCAGAUCAAGGACGGGAUCAAUGGCGCAGGCGGACAGUCCGACGUUGGACCCGGCCUAGCGUGGUACGCGAUCCGCGGCAACGUUGUCGUGUUCCUUUGCAACCGCUACGGGCCCGGUAGAGGCCGCGUCACCGUGUCUAGCUUUGCUGCUGGUUUGUCGACAAUUACAAGCGCUUGCGGUUACUAUGUCACAGGAACUAUCGAGAAUGGCGUGCUCGACAUCGGAUACAUGAACAACGAUUCCAAUGUGUGGUUUUGUGAGAGAUCCCGAUGGUCAACGGUGCAUGAGUGUUAAAGGGGCUGCUUCAACCUCAUCCCCCCUCACAUGAGAGUCAAUGUCAGAUUCAAGGCCGCCGGUUGAGAUGGGCUUUCUUUGGCAACGAUACAUGAGAAAUCGUGUUGGAGUUGAUCACUCCGAGUCCCUGGGACAUGGAGCUGGCCGAGACUUGAAGAUCAAUUAUUAUUCUUCCUGUUUAGCAACGAUUAGAUUUAGUUUAAAUUGAAACAUGA